UCUCAUCCCGGGAGGAGGGCAAGGCCAUGGGUCUGCCCUUGCUGCUGCCCCUGCUGCUGUCCCUGGCAUCUCUGCAGGCAGGUCACUGGGCAGAACCCAAUCCAAACACUGACUUCGGGAUGAACCAACCAAAGAAACUUUCAGCCCCCAAGGGUGGCUCCAUCCGCAUCCCCUUCUCCUUCUGUUACUCCUGGGAAUCAGCCACAGUUCCCAACGUGAGGAUAUCCUGGAGAUGGGAACACUUCCAUGGGGAGUUCAUCUACAAGACGACCCCGCCGUUCAUCCACAAGGAUUUCAAGGACCGGCUCCUCCUGAACUGGACAAAGGGUGGGCAGAGCGGCUCCCUCCAGAUCUCGAAACUGCGGAGGGAGGAUGAGUCUACGUACUUCUGCCGGGUGGAGGUGGACACGCUGAAAGAAGGCAAGCAGAUGUGGCAGUCCAUCGAGGGAACUGCACUCACCGUCAUCCCCACCACCAAGACAACAAUUCAAGGCCCCACCACCACCAACACAACCAUUCAAGGCCCCACCACCACCAUCACCACCACAGCUGGCCUCAGGGUCCCAGAGAGCAAAAGGAGUUCAUGGUCUUGGCCCUUGAGUACUGAAGCUACAGUCGGGUUGGCACUGGCCAGCGCUGUGCUCAUAACUGCAAUUGUGGGACUGAUUGUGUACCUCAGGUGGAAGAGAAGCAAAGGUCUGCAGACUAAAGCCAGAACCCCAGCCAGGGGAUCCUUCCAAAACCCGGAGGAGAAAUACGAGAACAUUGGGAAUAAAGGACAACAUGCAGGCCCCAAGCUGGACACCAAGGAUGACGACAUCUUCUAUGCCUCCCUCGCCCUCUCCAGCUUGACCUCACCAGCAGCGCCUCCCCACCCGCCUCCCCAAGAGGGCCCCCAGGAAGAGACGCUAUACUCUGUCUUAAAGGCCUAA